GUUUUUCGAUGAACUAAGUAAUCACCUGCCAACUUCCAUUACAAAAUUUUCCUCAAAUUAGAUACCUUACCAACUUCUCCUAAUUUAGCGCAAAUGCCUAGCUUGUCGGAACCAAUAUCAGAUUCAAGUUCUCUUGACGAAAUUUGUGCGGUCAAAAUCUAAUAUAUAUCCUAGACAAUACUGCAGAGCCUCUCAGAUGAUGGUUUAGUCUUGAAUCAUUUUCUAACCUCACAUUGUCAUCCCCCUUGUGACACCCUGAAUUCAUCUUCUAUAGAGAGUCUUGGGGGCUACCCCUGGCAGCUUGGCAUUGCGUUCUCAUAAAAAAUGCAGGGUUCCAGCUGCUUCAUCCUUUCUCUCCUCCUAUUUUCUCCCAUAGUAUCUUCACUUUCUUCUGCACUUUCGGACGAAGAAGCAUCAGUAAUUGCUAUUGCUGAGGGCCAAUUCUCAACCCUUCCUGAAAAUGGCGACUUACCUGAUGAUUUUGAGUUUAAUGUAGACGUUAAAGUUGAAUGUCCCAAUCCAAGGCUUCGACGUGCCUACAUUGCGCUCCAAGCUUGGAAAAAUGCCAUACAUUCUGAUCCUUCAAAUUUUACAGGCAAUUGGGAAGGGCCUGAUGUUUGCAGCUACAAUGGUGUAUUUUGCGCAACUGCCCUUGAUGAUCCAAAUACAACAGUUGUAGCCGGCGUCGAUCUCAACCAUGCUGAUAUUGCAGGCUACCUUCCUGUUGAAUUGGGAUUGUUGAAAGAUGUAGCUCUUCUUCAUCUGAAUUCCAAUCGUUUUUGUGGGAUUGUUCCCAAAAGUCUGUCCAAGCUCGCAUUAUUGCAUGAGUUGGACAUAAGCAACAACAGAUUUGUCGGCCCUUUCCCUAAAUCAGUCCUUUCGAUGCCUAGGCUUAAGUACCUCGACAUCAGGUUCAACAAUUUUGAGGGAGAGUUGCCUCCUCGACUUUUUGACAAAGAUCUUGAUGCAUUAUUCGUGAAUAAUAAUUGGUUCAAUUCAUAUAUUCCUGAGAAUCUCGGGAAAUCUCCAGUUUCUGUGGUGGUAUUUGCAAAUAACAAGUUCAAAGGCUGCAUUCCGUCUACCAUUGGUAACAUGACAAACACCUUGGAUGAAAUUAUAUUCUUGAAGAAUGAACUUUCAGGGUGUUUGCCAUCAGAAAUCGGACAGCUGAGGAAUACAACUGUCGUCGAUGUUUCAUUCAAUUCAUUCUCUGGCAUCCUGCCGAGGACAUUCAGUGGCCUUGAAAAGGUCGAGUUCUUGGAUCUUUCUCACAAUAUGUUGACAGGCUUUGUUUCUGAUGCCGUUUGCCAGUUGCCAAGUUUGUCAAACUUCUCAUUUGCAUACAACUACUUCAACGGAGAGGGAAAACCCUGCGUGCCAAAUUCUAGGAAAGAUAUUGCAGUGGAUGAUACAAGUAACUGUUUGCCAGACAGACCGAAACAAAAGUCCCAGAAAGAAUGCAAUCCUGUGGUGAGCAAGCCGGUUGAUUGUAGCAAGGCCAAAUGUGGUGCGUCCGUCGUUCAUUCUCCUCCACCACCAGUCUCCUCCCCACCCCCUCCCAUUUUCUCCCCACCACCACCACCAGUAGUCCACUCCCCACCUCCUCCAAUCUAUUCCCCGCCACCACCCGUCUUACAUUCCCCACCCCUGGUAGUCCACUCCCCACCACCUGUGGUCCACUCUCCACCCCCUCCAACUUAUUUCCCACCACAACCCGUUGUUCACUCUCCUCCCCCACCACCUCGUGACUACUCUCCACCACUACCCGUUUCCUCUCCUCCUCCUCCGCCACCUCCAUAUCAAGAUGUUGUACUUCCGCCAACUAUUGGUGCGGUCUAUGCAUCACCACCUCCACCAAUAUUUCCGGGAUAUUAGCUGAUACUAAUAAACUGAUGGGUUUUACUUAAAAUUACCAGUAACACCACCAGUUUUGCUAACCAAUAGCACUAGUAGUUAUUAGAAGAAACAGAGGGAUUAAUUUUACCAAUUCAAAGUGGUAUUUUGGUCGCGUUCCUAUGAUUCAGGAUACGA